UAUAUAAUGCUGUAUAAGAGUUAUACAUAUAAUGCUGUAUAACAUAUAGUUAAUAAUAAUAAUAAUAAUAAACACUUUACUAUACCAUGCAAAUAUUUCCAAUAUAUGAUUAUGUGUAAAUAAGAUAUUUAUUUCUACUGAUAGAUUUUUUGCGAAUUAUUUUCAUUAUUUUUUAUAAUUAUAUAAUUUUAUAUUUGUUAUACAUGUAUAUUCGUUUGUAAAUUUUAUUCAAACGCAGCAUAAAUCCAUCACUGAUAUCGUAUAGUUAAUUAAUAUAUAUCAUAUUAUAAUGUUAUAUAUGUAUAAAAAUAUAUCAAUAUCUUUUAUAAUGCAUAUUUACGUAUAUACGUUUCAGUUAACAAAUUUACGACAUCUGUCGCGACACUUCGGAAACAUGUGUACACUAUCGCUCAUAACCUGUCUUAUCAAGCGCGCCUCGAUAAUUUGUCGAUUCAAUUUUAAAUGCAAUAAAAUGCAUGAUAAAGCUGAAAAUAAUCAGUAUAAUAAGUAGUCUUUGAUAAUUGAUAUGUUAUCGCAUUCAUGUUUCUGAUAAUAUCGCAUUUAAGUUAUUGGGAUCUCUUGUUCGUCUUGCACUUUUAGAACUUUGAACGCGCAAGCAUGCUCGAGCAUCGAUGAACGAGAGAUAAAAACAUAACAUGAGUGUAGAAAGUGUAACGAGGGAGAACGGACUUACGACCGCUGCGUGCUCGCUUGUUCGCUCGUAAAUUACUUGCAAUUAAGAGCAAUUCAAGUGUUGGCGAGUCAUAUUGCGCGCUCCCUGAUAUUAUGAAAUCGGAGAUGUGCAAACGCUCGAUGAAAUGCUCGUGCUGUGACAUGAAUCUGCAAUAACGGAAACAUAACCUCCUACUCAGGCUCGUGCAAAAAAUAAUCCUAAGAUGCUAAGAAUGUUCUUCGUGGCGACGUGCGAUAUUUUCUACACGGGACGAUGAUUCGGCACGUUUUGUCACACCGGAUAAUCGCGUAUGCGAGAAUUUGAAGCAGUGUCAGAAAGCAAGAAGCAACGCAGGAAGGAUGUCGAGCUACACGAGUCUGAUCAGACUGAUCAGACGACGCCUGGUUCUCGGACUCAUCUUCGCUCUGUCGCUCACGUAUUGUGCCUUUUCGUUGCUCCGAAAUGAGAAGGCAGGUACACUUUAUGUAUUGUCGAGAAAGGACCGUUGAAUCUGGAUGGUGACGGGUCUGAUCUUGAUGAAUUCGAGCCGAUGAUGAAUGAUAACAAUGAAGAUGUCGAUAAUGUAUUCGCGGAGGAGUUGAGAGCGUCUGGCAAACCACCGUGGCAGAUGGAAGUGCUUGAUCCAGCGGUCAACGAUAAUGCAGAGAGUCUAGACGCGCUCAAUUUGAAUGAGAGCGACGUUUCCACUUACUCCUGCCGGAAUUCCGUUCAGGGAAGAGGUCUGAUAGUGGACGAGCAUGGUGUAGUAUGCACGAGGCACGAAGUCCUGUCAAACGGAUGUUGCAGGCUUGAGCAAAAGCAAGUCCCGAAAAAUGAACAGGCAUCAUCUGCGGUCAGGAAGGAGAGGUAUAGCUGUAAGACGUGCAACUCACGCGGGUGCUGCACUAUUUACGAAUAUUGCGUCUCCUGCUGUCUACAUCCUGGCAGGCCAACUCAACAAAUAAACCGAAAGAGCGCGUUGUCAAGCUCCGCGAAGGCGCAGAAGGAUGGAGGAAAAAUCGACGGCCGCAAUCCGGACCGCUUUCAGAUCUGCCUGGCCGCCUGUCGCACAUCGAGCUCGAGCUUGCGGCACGAGAACACUUACAGAGAUCCCCUCGCGAAGCAUUGUUAUAUCCGGCAACCGUCGAAGUCCCAUCAGAAACAUCGUCGUAAUAUUAAUUCAUUAAAUAAUAACGGCGACAGUCGCGCCGUUGUCGUUACUUCUUCUUCUGUGGUGAUGUUACUUGCCUCUCUGCCUUCCGAGUGCCAUCCUUCUCCCGAGCAUCGUGUCUACCACUCAUCGAACGAAUCCCGUAUCAAUGUUGACUGUCCGGCUCCCAUAUUAACGUUAACCCAACACCCAUCGUCCGCAUCGUAAGUAAAAUAUAUAUCUCGAUUAUAUUAAGUCUCGAAAGACUUCUUUUAGUAAGAAGAUCGAAUCCCGCGCACGAGCGUGGACUUGUAGCGCCAUAUGUCCGCGUAUGAUAUAUCCAUUCCGGAAAACUUUUUCUUCGCUAAGUCCA